AUGGCCAAUACUCUCGACACAGAUGCCGGCUCUGAGCUGUUCAGCAGCUAUGAGGCAGAGCUAAAACUUGUUCAGGCUGAUCUAAACCAGAAGCUCGACCAGAUCGCUGAAGCUUCCGGGGAGGAGCGGAAGGCGGCUAUCAGGCAGGCGGAGAGGGCGCUGGAAGAAGCAAACGAACUUCUUGACCAAAUGCGCAUGGAGAAGGAAAACAUCCCAUCAUCUACUCGUUCCAAGAUAAACUCCCGCUUCAGAAACUACCUCACAGACGUCGACAACACAAAGCGGAAACUACGCUCGCUGUCGGAUGACCGCAAAGCUCUAUUCGGAGAACGCUAUACCGAUGACCCAAACAGCACCCAUGACCAACAUCUAGAGCAGAGACAGCAACUCCUUUCCGGUACAGAGAGGCUGGAGAGAAGCUCUGCCCGUCUACAAGACAGCCAGAGAGUGGCACUAUCAACUGAAGAGAUUGGGCGGGAUACCCUUGCCGAUCUAUACCGUCAACGUGAGACGAUCGAGCAUACCAGAGCAGGAUUGUUGGAAAGUGAAGGUUACGUUGACCGAAGUGUGAAGACGUUGAGGGGGAUGGCUCGUAGGUAG